GCCAAUGUCUUCUGUACAAUGGCUACCGCCUCACAGUGUCUGUACACAGCCACAAGUAGCGUGGUCUCUCUGACGAGCACACACGCUUGUAGGAGCAGCGAUAUGCAGCUCGCCAGCUCGCAGACCGGUUUUAUGCGCGACUCUGCCGAGUUUAAGUACAUGCCUCCGCAACAUCAGAGCACUAACGGGCACGCUCUUAGCCCUCAUCCCCAGUGGGUUGGGUUCUCCCCUCAUGGAGACCCAGGGACUUGGCCGUCCAGCAUGGCUCACCCGGGUCUACAGGACAUUAAACCUCCACAUCAUGCUGGGACUGAACUCCACCCAGGCGCCCUCGCUCAUCACCGUCCCUCACAGCACAUACCAGCGUCCUACCCCUGGCACCCCUCGUCUUUGGCAGCACCUCAUAUGACAGGAAUGGCACCCCCGGGAAACGGAUCAUCCCCCCCACAACGUCCAACAUAUGGAAUGAACGGCAUGCUGACCCAUGGAGGUGGCCAACUUCAGCCUAUAAUGAGGGACAUGUCCCAGCAUCUGCCCACUGACCACAACACACACCAUCAUCAUUAUCAUGAUUCCCUACAUCAUCGUAGUUUGGACUCGAGGUCAAUUGACAGUGACUCUGCUGUAAUUAGUGAGUCACCACCACCUAAUUCUGAAGACCUCGAAAAUUUUGCUAAACAGUUCAAACAGAAACGAAUUAAGCUGGGUUUCACUCAGGCCGAUGUCGGUUUAGCCUUAGGAACGCUUUACGGCAAUGUGUUUAGUCAAACAACCAUCUGUAGGUUUGAAGCUCUGCAGCUAAGUUUUAAAAACAUGUGUAAACUGAAACCACUAUUGGCUAAAUGGUUGGAAGAAGCUGACAGCUCUACCGGCUCCCCAACAUCGUUAGACAAAAUCGCCUCUCAGGGUCGCAAGCGGAAGAAGAGAACAAGCAUUGAAUUAUCUGUAAAAACAGCGUUGGAAAACCACUUUCACAGACAGCCGAAGCCCGUGGGUCAAGAAAUUUCAAGUCUUGCCGAUAGCCUGCAAUUAGAGAAAGAAGUGGUACGAGUGUGGUUUUGUAACCGUCGCCAGAAAGAGAAAAGAAUGACUCCGAAUGUCGACGUCGCAGGAAACCCACUGACUAACAGAGGAACAAAAGGAGGACAGAAAAACGACGGGAACCAAGACAUGCUUCUGAGGCAUGCUGACGGUGGUUACCUCAAUGGCAGCCCCGGUCAACUCCCAUCACAUUCACACAGCCCGCCUAUGCUCCAUUCACCCCCUUCCCAUUCAGCCAGCCAUUCUAUUUCUACCAUGGGCCAGUCUCUGACCGCUCACUGACAACUCACGUGACUUGUGGGCUAUCAGCUUGAUUAAUAACAGUUCUGUAAGAAAAUCAUAUACUUGCCAUGUGAUUCUUAGGCCUAAACUGACUUAUUACAUAAUAGUGCAAUGUAUAAAUAAAGGCCUUCUUAUGUUUGGUUAGUGAAGUGAAGAUUUAAUUAAUUUUGUGCUCAUUCCAGGAACAUCUGGGACUUCUUGUACAUAAUAUUCAUGUGACGUCAUCUUAAUUGUUGUGUUUUUGUGCCAAUAUUCUGUUUUGUAUCUCUUCCCGACAACGCCGAGGUCCUUGUACACACACUUAUGAACGAGAUGGGACUGCGGCUUGGUCAAGUUGUAAUAAAGAACAAAAGGUGAGAGAGGGCACGUUUUAAACUAGUCGAAACACUGGACAAGCGUUGGAAAAACGCUUAACGUGAGGUAAGGCCCGUCUGCCGUGUUUUCAUGUUACUUCUUUAUAUUGUUACCUGCCAGUUUUAGGACUACCUCGGAAGACCACUAUAAACGUAUUGACACAGUUUUCUUUUAAAAAUAGCUCGGACGUUUGGAAAGCUGAAGGUAAACCCUCUCAUACAGUUUGAAACUGGUACAUGUUAAACUUGAAAACUAUGUAAAAAUUCAACAGCUUAGUAAACUUAUAGUAAGAACCAAAUGUGUGAAUUAAAAUAUAAUAAUGAUAAAGGAAUAUUUGUUUGAUUUCAUAGGGAAAGAAAAGGAAAAUAUAGUAAAAUAAAUAUUUAUAGUGGUUAAGAAGUAGACUGAGUUUUCGUUGGAAUCAUAGGUUUCUUCUUACUGAGUAUUAAUUUGAAUGCUUAUUUUAACGGUUCAAAUUAAGAUACAUUUCAGGUCAUACGCUGAAGCCUUUUAUCAUGAAAUGUAGUUAAUGAUAGUCAUAAUAACAUGCAGUUCAGUUUUGUGAAUUAAACCCGUCACUGUAUACUUUAGUGUGUGGCAUAUCUAUACCGUUGUGUACUUUUGGAAGUAUGCAACAAUUCUGUGGCACGUUUAUUAUACAGACACAUUUUGGAGUGGCAUAGGUCAACGAAUUUAAUAACUAUAAAUAAAGCAAUGCUCAUAUGAAUGCUAUACAAACUUCUUGAAAGCAGAUCAAUCAUUAAAAUCCUGAUAUAUUUCUGUACAGAAUGUGACGUUUGAAAAAGGACGUUAAUUACUAUAAAAAUUAAGGUUUUAAACGAGGUUAUGUUACUUAUUGCCAGAAAAAAAGAGAGAAGAUAACAAGGUUAAGAAAAGCACUUUUAGUGAUUCAUGAAAACAUAAUAGUUUUAACCUUAGAAAAAGAAGGUUAUAUGUUUUAAAAACAAAAGCUCUCAGCGAUAUUGGCUACGAGAUGUAAAAAUUGCGUUAAAAAUAUUGCAGAAUUUCAAAGUAAAAGUUUCUCCCUGUACUUUUACAUAGUGCUAUCAGAAACGGUAUCGUGUUAUAACAGGCUGCCAUUGAAUAUUAUAGACAGUUUUCGUUUGUUAAAAUAAUCUAGCGUUUGUUGUAACUUUGUAAGUAGAAGAGAAAGUGUAUAUCGGCAUAGCCCGGAAAACAGACGUGUAUAUGACCAGAUAACUUGUUCGUUGUUUCCCUGUGUUUAAAUGAAAGAGUGUAAUCAAUUAGUAAUAGUGGAACACCAAAAGUUGAUCCAAAAGUGCACUUCUUCGACCCAUAACUGUCGCCCAGAUUCAACACAAACAACAUUCUGUGGCUACUAACUUUAACACUUCUUUAUAAUAGUUUAUUAGAUCUUUAAAAUUGCGGAAAAUGUCACAGACAUUGUAGAUUAAAAGUUCGUAUCUCACACAGACGUAUAAACAGCUGUUACUUUUAUUGUAAAAGUUAACUUGCUUUUCGUUAUCUAAUUUCCAAUACCAAUUAUUAAGAAAAAAGAAACAUAAUUAUUCCUGUAGAGGAGUUCCGUUGAGGGCAGAACAAAUUGAAAUGCCUAGAGAUGAUUAGAUCUAUAAUUCGUUAGUACAAGGUGGUUCGUCACAUUAGAUUUUUAAUCAUACGUGUUCUUAGAUCACUUCCUUAGAUAAUUAGAUCUAUAUUUCGUUAGUACAAGGUGGUUCGUCACAUUAGAUUUUUAAUCAUUCGUGUUCUUAGAUCACUUCCUUUCUCAAAAUAUAGUGUCGCUUGUUAAGUUGCAGGAGAAAUACUGACUUGACAUUUGCUCUGAUUAUAGAUAUAGAAUUACUGACCACCUAUACUGACAAUAAGAGCUAGGUUAUGUUGGCAUUUCUAGUUAAUGCUUUGACGAAAGAGUUUUCGGUUUGGAGCUGUGUGAUUCGGGAAAAAAAAUAUUAAUAAGGCAUCAUGAAAUAUUUUCAGCUUUUAAUGAUAAAGAUUACUAUUUGUUCUAACAUUGUGAAAACAACGUUAGUGAGGGUUAAAGUUUUUUUUGAAGUACUCCCUGAAUGCUUUUCAAAUUAGCGCUCUGCUUGACUGACUUAUCAAUAAAAAUAACAUCAGGCAAUAUAGAAAUCCUCGAACAACUCAACCGAAUCCUCUAAGCAAGAGUGAUAACCUUAAGAGACCGAUCAAAAUGUAUUUGUUCAUCUCAUCUGGUAUACGUUAAAGGUUUUUUUUUAAAAUAAUUACAUAGAUCAAGUUAACAUUAAAUAGAGAAAAUGAUCCUGUUAAUUUAAAACUGAGAAUCUCCAAACUUAAUAUAUUAACACAUAACCAUCAAAUAAGACUAUUUCUCGAGUUAAAAUAGCUAUAAACGCAAGUAUUAAAGCAAAUUCCGCAAUUUUAUGGAUUAACCAGAUAAGUUCAAUACAAAUUCGUUUGUUUGUUUUUUGAUUCAUUAAUUAAUGUCCAGUUUUAUGAAAUGUAUGAUCAUGUAAUGUAUUUAAAUCGUUUUUGCCGUUUUCUUGUGAAUAUAUUUCUCUCUAGUUUUCAUAUGUGAAAAAAAUCUGUUUUUCCAUGUGUUUUCAUGUAUGCUGAUAUAAGAUUAUGAACUGCACAGUUUGUUUGCUUAUGAGCACUAACUGUAUUAUAUAAAGUUGGAGUACGUAUUAUAUAUGUGUAUGUGUGUAUUUUAUAUUGUUUUAAGUAUAAGCGAAAUAUGUAGGGUAAUCCUAAGCAUCUGGUUUUAGUUUUGAUAUUCCUUAAGAUUCAUAACUGAGAACAAUUUGUUUUUAUUUACCCGUUAGUUGUCCCAAAACACAAUAUUGUUGUAUGAGAGUGUGUGUGUAUAAAACACGAUUCAAAAAGCAGUUGAAAGGGCCCGUCUUUUAAUUUUUUUGGUGCUUUAAAAAUUAUUCUCGACUGAACCGCUUUAAUAU